UUGGAAGUUAGCCUUUGAGAUUGUAUCACGCAAGGAUAGACAGGUUUCCGGUCUAUCUUGCUGAUAGUGCUUUGCAAAGAUUUCCUUGUCUCCCUUAGAAGGAGAUUGCUGUGUUUAAUCAGGAAAUGACGUACAAAGACGAUCAAUUCAUCUGCUCAUUAUCGAACUGAUUAACUCAAGAUCAUUACAAAAAAGUGCUGUAAUAAAAUUACAAAAAAUAAAUAAAUUUGAAAUAUGGCGAUAACAGCGGUUACCAGUUGUCUUGGUCCACCGCCUUUGCCGCCUGGCAAACGUUUUCUUCAAAAAUCAUCAAAAAAACUUUCAUCGACCUAUCGUAGUUUUCGCGAUCCAGCUAUGGAAUCUUGGUUACCAAACGGAAUAAUUGAAAAAUCUGAAACUAAAUUGUAUCCGUGUGAAUCUCGAACACCCACGAUUGGAACGUUCAUUCCUAGCGGUACACUCUUCAGGAGUCGUUCCGAAGGGAAUCUUGGUACGCGUAAAACCGGCACAAAUCUGUUCGCUGCUACUCCACUCGACAAGUGCAUCAAAGCGAUUUAUGGCAGCUGGCGGAACCUCAUGCACCUUGGCGGUAUGAGCCGGCCGUCGAAAGCCGUCACUCAGGCGAAGAAAGUAGCGCCGCCGGCCGUACCUGAUGUAUUUCGACAUUCUGGUUCUUCGUUUGGUUCGGCCGGAUAUGCGAGCAGCGAAGAUAGCUGCUUCCUCCCUGGAAGUGGCGGGGGUGGUGGUGGCCCGGCCACCGACGAUGCUUCUUAUGGGAUGCCAUCUGGAAAAAGUCCGGGUCCUAUUUUUACGCACCCUGGAUUUGCCUUUCCACCGGUUGUUGGCAAAUACGCCCACGCGGAGGAUCAAGGUAUCGACAUGACCCAAAGUCCCGGAAGAGAUAGCCCUGGUAGUUCGGGAUCGGGUUCGGGUUCGAGACAUUCAACUGCGUCUUUGGAUUCUGGAAGAGCGUCUGGAUAUCAUUUGGGUCCGCGCGGACCUGGUGCUCUCGCAUCAUCGCCGAGGUGUUCCAUCAGCUCCCUUGGGAGCCAUCCCGACAGACCGGCGGAUCUCGACGUCGUUCACGCUUGGCUGACCGAGCUACAAUUCGAGGAAUACUUUCCCCUCUUUGCUUCGGCGGGUUACGAUCUUGCUACUAUAACGCGCAUGACGCCGGAGGAUCUCACGGCUAUAGGUAUUAAGAAACCCAAUCACAGGAAGCGUUUAAAAGCGGAGAUAGACAAUUUGAAUAUAGGAGACGGAUUACCUGAGCACGUACCUGGUUCGCUUGAGGAAUGGCUCAGACUUUUAAGACUCGAGGAAUAUCUCGGUGCUCUUCAUCAACAGGGUAUGCGUUCGGUCGAAGACGUUACGACACUUACUUGGGAGGAUCUUGAAGACAUUGGUAUUGUGCGUUUGGGUCAUCAAAAGAAAUUGCUAUUAGCUAUCAAAAGAGUUAAAGAUAUUCGAGCAGGCAAACGCAUACAACCUUUGGAUCUCGCACGUCUCCCACCUCAUCCUGGACACACGCAGGACGUCGUUAUUCAACGAGGCGGUCCCGACUUGCCGUCGCCCGACGAGGACUGUUCCUCGCCUGUUUUAAGAUCCUUCCAAAGGGGUGGAAACGAAGGAAAUACCGGUGGUGCUUGGAGGAGCAUGUACGCUGCUCUACCGAGUGAUUACAAUACGGUGGGAAGAGGUGGGUCUAGAGGAAAGUCUUUGGAAAGCUUGGAAGACGCACCGCUUGGUUAUCCACCCUCGCCGGCGCCACAAUCGCAUCCACAACCUUUAGAUUGGCGCCCGCGAAGCUUUGAGGAUGGUGAUCUCACUCCUACGAACGAUGCUUCAGCAGUAGAUGCGGGUGGAGGAACUCUUCCACGUCCGAGACAUUGUUUGGUUCGUCCGCGGCCUGUUGCAAAGGUCACCGCGACACCAGGGCAGUUCAAAUCGCUGCCCCGAGAUUUCGACAACAAGUAUCAAUUGACGUAUGGAUUGGAAAGUAGUCCGCAUCUUCCAAAACGUUGUCCACCAUCCCCACCUAGACGACAAAGUUCGAGAGACACAAGUGGGCCAACAGUCGUAACUGUUGGUGGUUCGACCGUUGGUGACGUCGUUAUAGAUUGCAGCGGUCCCGUGCCUACUGCUUCCUGCGAGGAUCAUCAUCACCAACAUCAAACGCAUCAUCAUCUUCAACAUCAUCAUCAUUUACAUCAUACUCCGCCUCCCCCACCAGCACCAGCGCCAGCAUCUUCCACUUCUCAACCAACUAAUCGACCACCGUCCUCGAUGUCACGUUCCUGGGGCAGUGUCAGCGUCAAUGUUAACGAGGAACACGAAUUAAUUGCCUCGCUUGCUCUGCAACAUCGGAAUGGAUCCGAUGCUAGCUUUAAGUCGAGUUCAAGUACAGAAUCAGACUCGUUACCAUUUGCUAACGAGAAUGCUGGUACAAUAAAGCAGAGAGCUGCUCGGGCCCAAGAAUACGCGACGAGUGGUGGUGGUGGUAGUGGUGGUAUCGGUAGUCACAUCGUUGGACAUCAUUCAAGCAGCGGUGGUGGUGGCCUUGGCGAACCUGCCGAUGUUCUCAAUGAUAUUGGAAAUAUGCUUGCUACAUUGACCGACGAAUUAGAUGCGAUGCUCGAAGAGGAAAAACGUCAGGGCCUGAAUUCAUAAUCGUCACUGCCUUUAAUUUUGCACUUUUUCAAUUACUUGCUAUUAAACUUCCUACUAGCGUUGCCAUAAUUGACGGCGAGUUCACACGGAAUCGCAACAAUUAUUACCUAGGAGAUAAUACUACACUACACGUGAACUUAGAAACUUGACAAAGAUGGUGUAAACAACAAAACAUUUGUUAUAGUAGUAGUCACCGUGAAAAGACACGGGGGCUGAUACACGGAUAAUUGAGAACGACCUGAGAUAAUACGAAAAAAAAGAAAAUGAAAAUAAAAAAAAAGUAUUAGAAAAAGAUAGAAAAACUAAUGAUACAAGGUGACCGAAUUGAUAAAUGAGUCCUUUACGCCUUCGAAAUUUUGUCGCGGAUGGCAAAAAGAAAAUAAAUGAAAAAUCGUUAAUUUUCAAUAUGGCGAUAGAUGGCUCAGUUUAAAUGCGUUUGCGCUACGUCGAUUUAACGACAAAUGUAGUCAAAUUAUGUCACGGAAUAUAAGAGGAUAUUUAUAUGCGCUAAAAAAUGCGUCAAAAAUCGUCGAUACGACGAAAUAUUACGAAUAUGCCUUUUUCUCCGCGCGUUUGUAUUUUUCGAUUGGGUUUUUUAAUCUGUUUCUUUUUGUUUUUUUGUUUGUUCGUUUGUUUGUUAAUAAUUAGGGAGGGGGAAGAUCUUUAUUUUUCUAUGGGAAAUAUUACGAACUUCCAUUGAAGUUUCCAGAGAUAUAUAUAUAAGCUGAUUUUGCAGCACAGUUGCACAAGUUUUAUUUUUAUUUUGAAAUAAAUUUUUUUUUUAUCACCACACACACGGAAGUAAAGUAAUUGUAUCGUAUUUCUAUUUUUCUUUUCAUUUUAUAUUUUGAAACAUUAUGGUGUCAUUAAAAAUGACACACGAUCGGGAUGUAUAUUAAAUUGAUUGAUUAAUACGAUACGUUUCUUCGCGACAUGUAUUAUAUAUUUUUCACGAAAGCAAUUUUGUUAAAAAAAAAAGAAAAAAAAAAGAAUAAAGAAGAAACAUAAAUAUUUGCAUACGUACAAGAAAUCGUGGGAUAGGGGUGAGGGUUCGCGAAUAAUAAUAACGGAUUUUGAUUCCUUGCGAAUAAUUCUUACAAAGCGUAAUAGUUGGAGCCUUUUGAAACGUUUAGAAACAAAAAAAAAUGAAAUCUUACCAAAAAAAAAGACUGAAGCAUCAUUUUCUCUGGGAAUUUCAUAGCAGCAGAUAUUAUAUCACGUACAUGCAUACUUACAUACAUACAUACAACAUACAUGCAUACAUUCCAACUAUCGACUUUUCCUUUUUCACUUCCGUCCUUCCGUAGAGACUAUAUUAUAAUGUGACCGGGACCUUCGAUGACCGUUAUGACAACUUAAAUACUUAUUGUGUAAGGAAAAAAAAGUUUCGCGUUCCGUACUCGGAUUUAUACCAUAUAAAUCAUUCACUCUCGUUAUAGGCUACGCGAUACGACAAAAAAAAAGAAAAGAAAUGAAAAAAAAAAAAAGAAAAGAAAUGAAAUGAAAUGAAAUGUAGUUACCAACUAUUUCAAAGUUAGGCGACAA